AUGUCAUCUCACGUUUCUGCUACAACAUCACCAUUAUUGUCACCUCAAGAUUCACCCAAAGAAAUUAUUGUAUCGACUCAACCCGAAAGUUUCGAAAGUUCCACUUUCCAACAAUCAUCACAAUCACUACAAUCAUUACAAUCUGUACCAUCAUUACCUAUAGAACAAUAUCUUCGUUGUCCAAUAUGCAAAGAUUAUUAUGAUCUACCAAUAUCAACAAAAUGUCAACAUACUUUUUGUGCUGGAUGCAUGAAGUGUAAUUAUGAAAAUAAAGAUACUGCAAUGGAAUGCCCCGUUUGCGGGUAUUGGUUUAAAACUUUCACUCAGAUGUGUAAAAAUACUGUUAUCGAAGAUUUUUUGAGAGAAUAUAAAAAUUUGAGUUCAACAACGAUUCGAUUAUAUAAAUUGGGACUUCAAAUGGAUAAUGAAAAAUGUAAUGAAGAUAAUCAAGAAAUCGAUAUAUCAAAGACUAAAAUUAGUUCACAAACAAGUAAAAUUUUUCAACAAUCUAUUUUAAAGAAUUCAAUGAAUUUAUCAAAUUCAAUUAUGUUUUCAUUAGAUUCUGGUUCACAAGAAUUAAAAAGAAGUGUUGAAAAUUAUGAUGAUGAUAUUCCUACAAAACGAUUAAAAAGUGAAAGCAGUGAUUCAUUUUUUUUUAAUAAGAAGGGUAAUUUUAAUAAUAAAACCGCGAACAAAAAACCGAAGCUUGUAUAUUGUUUGAUCAAAGAUAAGUCAUUAAAAAAUAUGAUGAAGGAAGAAGGAUUGUCUUUAAAUGGAAACCGAAUCGAAUUGAUUAAACGACAUUCAUAUUUUACUUAUCUCUGGAAUUCAAAUGUUGAUGCUACUAAUCCAAAAACUAAAGAAUCUUUAAUUAAAGAAGUUCAAAAAUGGGAAAGGACACAACAAAAUCAAAAAAGAAUUAUUGAGAAUAAUGAUAGUUUUAAAAGGUUUUUAAAUACAGAAGAAGAAAUUAAAUCAUAUGAUAUCCUUUUAAUGUCCGAUAACAAUAACAGUUAA